UAAUAAUGUCGAAGAAUGGAGAAAAUGUGGCCAAAAGUGUGGAAUCGCUGAAGAAGUGGUCGAAAGAGAAGACAGGAGUGACGGUCAGCGGACAGGUAUGCGAUAUAUCGAGUCCGCAGUCCAUUGAAGGCAGUGUUAAGAGUAUUGACCGGAGUUUGGGUGCCAUUGAAGUGCUGGUGAACGCGGCGGCCAUUAAUUCAGACAAAUUGCUCUUUAAUUCAUCCGAAGAUAUGAUCAAAGAUACCAUUGAAACCAAUUUAAUGGGAACUAUAUUUAUGUGCAAAACUGUGUUGAAGCACAUGAUUAGACACAAAAAGGGAUCCAUUGUUAACAUAGGAAGUGUUGUGGGACUGAAGGGAAAUACGGGUCAAACGAUAUACUCGGCCUCAAAGGCUGGACUCAUUGGGUUCACAAAGUCUUUGGCUAAAGAGGUGGCGCCCAUUGGCAUAACC